AUGUCCGCUUCAAGGUUUCCCAUAAAGUCCAAGAUUCCGUCAGGAUUCGUGAACACCAGAAUCAUUAGAGACAACUUUAAGAGACAGCAAGCAGCUGAAAAUGAAGUUAUCACUCGUGCCCUCAAAUAUAUCGCUAGAAACACAACACUACCAGCAAGAGCAAGAAUGGAAGCACAAAUACGGUUGUCUUCGAUGCCAAACUAUACUAGAAUGAACCAAGUCAAAAAUAGAUGUGUUGAAAGUGGUAGCGCGAGAUCUGUACUGUCUGAUUUCCGACUUUGCAGGACACAGUUCAGGCAGCUAGCUUUGAAAGGUGAAUUACCAGGUGUCAAGAAGGCUAUUUGGUAG